AUUGUUCCAAUGCCUGCUGCAAUCCCAACUAAACCAGGCUCUGCAACCCUUCCAUUUUUUGGAGUACUUCCAAAAUUGGUUAAUAUUGAAGGGAAAACAUUAGAGGGACCUGGAGAAGGAAAUUUGUGUUUUUCACAGCCAUGGCCAGGAAUUAUGAGAUCUAUUUGGUGUGAUCAUGAACGUUUUGUUACUAAUUACUUUAGUGCUUAUCCUGGAAAUUAUUUUACUGGAGAUGGUGCACGUAGAGAUGAUGAUGGUUAUUAUUGGAUUACUGGUAGAACGGAUGAUUUAAUGAAUGUAUCAGGCCAUCUCCUCUCUACAAGCGAAAUAGAAUCAGCUUUAGCUUUGCAUCCAAAUGUUGUUGAAGCUGCUGUUGUUUCUGCUCCACAUCCAAUAAAAGGGCACUUCCCCUAUGCUUUUGUUGUAUUAUCUAAUGAUAAAAGAUUAACUGAGGAAUUGGUUAAAGAAAUUAAAUGUGUUGUUAGAGACAAAAUCGGGGCUAUUGCUAUUCCUGAUGUUAUACAGCACGCUAACGGAUUACCCAAAACUCGUUCCGGAAAAAUUACAAGACGAAUAUUGAGAAAAAUUGCAGAGGGUGACAAACAAGCAGAUUUGGGUGAUAUUUCGACUCUUGUAGAUGAAACAAUAAUUGAACAUUUGUGGGAAAAUAGACUAAAAGAAAUAAGGACAACUGGAUAA